GACUCUUCUUCCCCGAUAAGCCCCCCAAGCCACCGACUUUCUUCCCCCUUGAAAAGCCGGUGAGAUCUUGAUGAAAUUCCUUCCUUUUCUUGUUGAAUCACAAGAUUUAGGACCUAGAAUCUUCCCUCUCAACCCAGAAAAAUCCCGGUUCUGCUUUGCUCUUCUCCCCUGCAGCCGGCAAGAGCCCCAGCUACCGCCACCCAUUUCCAGCCGGGAACACCGGCCAAGCUUGGGGAUUUCUCCCUAUUUUCUUGUUCUAGAACAGCCAUUAAACCCAGAAUUUCCGGAUCUGUUCUGUUUUGCGUCUUCCUCCCUUUGUUGUCCGCGAGUUCUGCUAUGUGGGUUUGAACUUCUGGGCAUUUUUCGGUCCGUGAGUUCCCUGCAGCUUGCCGUCGGCUUCUUCUUCCCCUGCUAGCUCCGGUUCUUGCUGGAAAAUUCUGGUUCCCGAUCGUUCUGCCAGUUAGUACCGUGAAUUGAGCCUUUGGUUUUAAGCGAGUGAGGUAAGUAAAUUUAUGGUAAUGCCCACACUGUUUUUAAAAGAUGUUUUGACUUGUUUUUGAAGUGGUGGCAGGACUAAACCCGUUUUAUGCAAAAGUAAGUAUGACUGAUUUGAAGUGAAGUUUUAUGCUUUUCAUUAAAUUGAGCAUGCUUACUUGAAAUUUAAUUGAUUACCCUGAUGAUUUGAAAGUGAUUAGUAAAGCAUGAUUUUCUGUUAACUUCUGCCUGUUUUGUCUCCGAUACGGUCAUGUUAUUCUGUUGCCCGCUAGUGGGAGGUCAAACGCUAGCACAUGUCGACAUGUUCUUGAUAGAACCCGUUCAUUCCUGUAAUCCUACUAGUGGGAGUUAAACACUAGUAAUUUCUGUUGCCUGCCAGUGAGAGGUUUAAACACUGGCCAUGAUCUAUAGAGGAGACGUCUAUUUCGUUCCCGUACUUGUAUCCGUUUCCUGAUUACACUUGUUGGCAUGCUAUAAGUUUAAUUGACUACUACUGAACUUUAUUCUGCAUAAUGGUUAUCAUUGAGCAUUCCGUUUAUGUUUAAACUGUUGGUUGAUAUUCUAUCCUGCACUAGUUGCCAGUUAAAGCAGAGAUUUUUCUCGGAAUGGUAAGGUUCCAUAUUCUCUUGUAAAUUGAAGGUGUACCUAGUGCAUUUUGCUCCUUUGCCAAUAUUCUGUAUGCUGUUUUUGUUGAGUAGUUGCCUUCCUUGCUAUGCUCCCAUUUCCAUGUGUUAGGAAUGCUCGGAUAUAUCUACACGCCAUCAACCUUUCUUUGCACUUCCGCAGCUUCUUCUCUUUCCCAGUUGAAUAGGGCUCUCCUCCACUCAAGGUUCCACUUCCGUGUUCCAUUUUCCUCAUAACCCAUUUGGCAACAUUCUUUGUCCUUUCCUGUUGAUAAAGAGUACAAUCUUGG